AAGGAUUAUAAACUGUAAACAUUACUGAUCGUAAAGAUUGACACGUCUCACUUUAUAUAACCAGUAAAUAAACUACAAUUCAACUAAUUACAUUCUUAUUUUCAUGUAUUGCUAUUUAAACAAUUAAAAUGCGUUGUGACAAUGCAAUGACGAUCAUGAAACAUCCGAUCAUCUCUUUACUCCCUGCGGCUGACUGCAUUCUCUAUGCUUUUAGCAUUGAUAGAGUUUCUUUGCCAUUUGGGCACCUUGGAAGAAGGCCUGAAGGCUUAGCGUUGCGGAAGCCAUUACAUUUGUGUUAUCCUGGUACCACUCCAAAAAUGAAGCUCAAUAAGCAUGUAACUUCAUCUCGACGAAAGAACAGGAAGAGGCAUUUUACAGCACCUUCUCACAUUCGACGUCGAUUGAUGUCUGCACCUUUGUCUAAAGAACUUCGACAAAAGUAUAAUGUCCGCACGAUCCCCAUUCGUAAAGAUGAUGAAGUGCAGGUCGUUCGGGGGCAUUACAAGGGACAACAAGUAGGCAAGGUUGUUCAAGUAUACCGAAAAAAGUUUGUUAUAUACAUUGAGAGAAUACAGCGUGAAAAAGCCAAUGGAGCCAGUGUUUAUGUUGGAAUUCAUCCUUCUAAAACUGUUAUAGUGAAAUUGAAAAUGGAUAAGGAUCGUAGAGAAUUUUGACAGGAGAUCGAAGGGUCGUCCUGGCAGCAUGGGCAAGGGAGAAAGGCAAGCUAACAACUGAAGAAAGUGCUGCCUGCUGACUGUCUAUGGAGGAUCAUCGCUGAAAAAGUUUAAAUUUAUCUUUGAUUGUGAAUAAAACAAAAAAGCUCUUGAAAUGUAAAUUUUUCUUGAGAAAUGUUUCGUUUUCCUUUCUACUUUAAUAUUUGUAGUUAUUGCAGUAAAUUCAAAGAAGAUCUAGAAUGACAAAUUGUUAAAACUACUAUUCUGUUGGGAUUUCCUGCGUCCCUGCCAAUGAUUUAUUAUUAUUCAGUUCCCAAUUGCAAAGUGGUGCAACUACACACUUUCCGUGUACCUAAUAUGAUUCGUAACAGUUAAUACAAAAUAUCUACGAACAUAACAGCUAUCCUGAGAAAAACUAAACCAAAAUAAGUACCCAGAGUUUGAAAAAAGUAGACCUUUUUAAUUUAUGAAAAAGUUACAAUGCCCAAAUUACUUCCUACAAUAUAAUUCAAGUGAAUUGUGCAUUAUCUGGAGGUUUAUAGAAAUAAAAAACAUUUUCUGUACCAGUGGGAUUAUUUGGAUCUCUUUUGGGGGUGGCGCAAAUUUGGGAUAUUAAAGUUAUAGGAUAAAUAUAAAGGAUAUUUAAGUUAAUUGUGCUGCAAUUAUACAAAUUUCAAGUUUGAUUAUUAUUGAAUGUCAUUAAUUAGAUUGGUUGAACACAUAGGCGAUCCUCGUUAUUUGAAUGGAACUGUAAAUUCAACUUCGCAUUUUUCUCAGUGAAUCACAUCAAAAUUUCAAAAAUGUUUAUUUAUUGUGAUCACAAAUGUUUAUACAUAUUUGUAGGGAACGUAUUUUAAAACCUAAAUAUUAAUAAAUUCUUUUAAUUAAAAUACAAUUUUCUGU